AUCCAGGUACUUCGGGAGCUAGCUGAGCUUUCUGCUGACUUCAGAGUUUCAUUCGGAGUUGUCGAGAUGGCGAGAACUCGUGCUACCGGACGUGGUGGACGACCACCUUUGCCACCUGUUAGAGGCCGUGGACGCGGCCGUGGUCGUGGUAGAGGUAGGGCAGCAAGGGCAGUACCAGUUGACCCACCAGUUGCCCCUAUUCAGGACCAGCCUCCAGCUGUUGAUGCUCCAGCAGCACCUGUUCAGGCACCGGCAGUGCCUAAUGUGAUUCCUGGUCUUCAGGAGGCUUUAGCUCAGAUCUUAUCUGUCUGCACUGGUCUGGCUCAAGUAGUUUCAGCCUCUACUGCCGCAGCUACUUCUCAGAUCGGGGGUGAUCAUUAGACUCCCGCAGCUCGCACACCCGAGCCAGUCGUACAGGGAUUACAGACACCGGAGGCAGCCCCAGCUCAGCCAGUUGCACCGGUUGCCCCAGUUGCGCCAGUCGCACCAGCUCCAGGGUAUAUUGUUUCGGUGAUGCCAGACGACGAGCAGCGUCGACUUGAGAGGUUUGAUAGACUCCAGCCUCCGAAAUUCAGCGGUACUGAGGGCGAAGAUGCCCAGGAAUUUUUGGACAAGUGUCAGCGGAUGCUUCGCACUGCAGGGAUAUUAGAGUCUAGUGGGGUGUCUUUUAUCACCUUUCAGUUCUCAGGGCCAGCAUUUACAUGGUGGGAGGAGUUUGAGAGGCGUAGGUCUGCAAGAGCAGUACCCCUUACUUGGCAGCA